AUGACUCCUGAUAGGAUCACUCUGCAAAACAUGGAGAAGAAGCCUAAUGAAAAUUUUAGGCAAUAUGCGCAGAUGUGGAGAGAGGUGGCAAUGCAGGUUCAACCACCACUGCUAGAGAAGGAGACCACCAUGUUAUUCAUCAACACUCUGAAAGCUCCAUUCAUUACUCACAUGAUUGGAAGCACUACCAAAAGCUUUGCAAACAUAGUCAUGGCAGGGGAAAUGAUCGAGAAUGCUAUAAGGGGUGGCAAAAUCGAGGGGGAAGCGGCCAAAAGAUGGGCUCCAAGGAGAAAAGACAAUGAGGUGAACAACACAAGUAGCUUCAACUCAAAGGCAGUCACAGUUGGUCAAUCUAAAGUAGCUGCGGUUGGACAACAAGGUUUUCAAAGGCAGGAAUCAGGCACAAGACACGAGAUGAUGCAAUUCACACCUAUCCCUGUGACGUAUCAUGAGCUUUAUCAAAGUCUAUACGAUGUACAUGCUAUUGCUCCUUUCCACUUGAAACCAUUACAGCCUCUAUAUCCUAAAUGGUAUGAUGCAAACGCUAGAUGCGAGUACCACGCUGGAAUAUCAAUGCACUCAAUUGAAAAUUGUACCGGAUUCAAAAAGGUCGUGGAGAGGUUGAUCAAGAUAGGGGUUGUGAAAUUUGACAAUACCCCAAAUACUAAAAACGCUUUUCCAAAUCAUGACAAUCAAGGAGUGAAUGCCAUUGGCGAAGCUAGUGAAAGAAGGAUGAAGGAAAAUGUUGCUGAGGUAAGGAUGCCUAUGAAGGUAAUUUGGGAGGAAAUGAUGAAGAGAGGGAUGAUAACCUCUAAGGGUGAAAGAGAAAGAACGAGAAACUACUGUGAGUUCCAUGGAGAGGAGGGUCAUGAGACCCAAAAUUGUGAAGAAUUCAGAGCCUUGGUGCAAGGCUGUAUAGAUAAAAAAGAGCUACAAAUUUUGAAGGGGAAUAAUAAAGUAGGGGCGCAAACAGUGCCUAAGGUCAUAAUCCAUAAACCUGUGUCCUUUCCUUAUAAGGAUAACAAGAGGGUACCAUGGAGUUAUAACUGUCAAGUGAUAAUGCCGGAGAAAGAGGAUAUAGCAAGUGCUUCUAAGAAAGCUCAAGGUGAGGGUUACCAUACACGAAGUGGGAAGCGAUAUGAUGCACUAGGUGUUAGAGAGAAGCCCACAAACAGCGUUAGUAUGGAGAGAAAGAAGGAGGCUAAAUUGCCUAUUAAGGAGCCAAUAAAAGAAGAGGAGGCUAAGGAAUUUUUAAAGUUCCUUAAGCAUAGUGAGUAUAGCAUGGUCGAGCAGUUGCGUAGGCAGCCGGCUCGUAUAUCAGUAUUGGCUCUACUUUUGAGUUCUGAGGCGCAUAGGGAGGCAUUAAUGAAGGUGCUCAAUGAAACAUAUGUCACCCACGACAUAUCCGUUAACAAGCUAGACCGGUUGGUGAAUAACAUAAGCGCGGAUAACUUCAUUUACUUUAAUGAUGACGAAAUCCCACGGGGGGGCAGAGGGUCAACUAAGGCUUUGCAUAUUACUACUCGAUGCAAGGGGUACACACUCCCAAGUGUGCUCAUUGAUAAUGGAUCGGCCUUGAAUGUUCUACCAUGGUCUACAUUAAAUAGAUUACCCAUUGACGACUCUCACAUGAAGACAUGUCAAAAUGUGGUAAGAGCCUUUAACGGUACAGAAAGGAAGGUGAUGGGAAGAAUUGACAUCCCUUUGAAAAUCGGGCCAAACAUAUACGAAGUAGACUUCUUGGUGAUGGAUAUCAAGCCUUCCUACAAUUGCUUACUAGGCAGGCCUUGGAUACACUCAGCAGGAGCGGUGCCCUCAAGGGAGGAAGUUUCCGGUGCCGAACAUAGCAAGAGCUACGAGGAUGACUCUACAAAUGAUGGCAGGAAAGGGAGUCUCACCAAAAAAGAGGAUUUUGAAGAUGUCCAGGACUGUGAUGUGUCUUUAGAUCUUUUGAGGAUGGUAAAACAGGAGGAGAAACAAAUCAUGCCACAUGAAAAAGAGGCGAUAGAGAAUGUAUCUCUAGAAGAAGGGAAAGAAGUGAAAAUUGGCAUGCAUAUUGUUGAAGACACAAGGCAGGGACUGAUUGAGUUGCUACGAGAGUUCAAGGAUAUCUUGGCAUGA